CAUAACCGGAUGUGACGCAAUUACGCAGACGACGUGAGUGACACCGUUAAAGAUGGCGGCGCUGGCGUCCUUGAUGUUAAAGUCCAGAGCAGGUCUGCUGGUACCUUGCCAGACCUCUCUUCUGGACUCCGUGAGGUUCGCGUCCAAGAAGGCCGGCGGCAGCUGCAAGAACACCGGCGGGAAGAGUCCCGGGCGAAGAUACGGCUCCAAGAAAUAUGACGGUGAUUUUGUCCAUGCGGGUAACAUCCUUGCAACCCAGAGGCUGAUCCGGUAUCACCCAGGAGCGCAAGUCGGCAUGGGAACCAACAAGACGCUCUUCGCGAUGGAGGACGGCAUCGUCCGGUACACCAAGGAGGUGUACGUCCCGGCCCCGCGCAGCCCGGAGUCCACGCAGGUCAUCACCAAGCUGCCCAGAGGGGCCGUGCUCUACAAGACCUUCAUCUGCGUCCUGCCAGUGAAGCAGGAGGGCAAGUUUAGACUGGUGGACAUGGUCUAGGACCAGAACCGGACCGGGACGACGUCGGUUCCCCUGGCAGUCUCACCGUGGACCGCGAUCAAGACGGCUGAGCAGCAUCAGCCAAUCGGUGGAGAGCUGCAGACUCUCGGCCCCUCCUUGGCUUCCUGUCUCAGUAAUCAUGUGACGCACUCUACACACACAGAACUUUGUCCCCUGUUGCAUUUUUUAUUUAUUUAUCUGUUCAGUUUAUUGACACCAAAAAUAAUGACAAUCAAAUGUUUAAAGGAAAAACUCUUUCCAGUGAAGAUUUGACAGAUUUUCUGUGUAAUCGGAGUAAAAAAUUUGGCAAUUCCUUGAGUUUGAGAAUAAACAUCAUCCCCACGCCGCCCAUCACACGGCAGCAUAACUACGUUACGGCUCCUUUGUGUUCCACGACGAGCUCAACGAGCUGAACUCUGACCUGCAAUAAAGUUUAUACGUGAAACAUG